AUAUUAAUUUUAUAUUGUUAUAUAUUAUUGAGUCUGGUGUAAUUAUGAAUCCCCGUAGAAUUGAUUGAGAAUAUGCGUAUUGAUUUGAAAGUUGAAACUGCCAUGAAAUUAUUGAUGAUCAGCAGCAACAAGUCCUUGGCCUCGCCCUCCGCCUCCUCCUCCUUGCCUCCGCUCUGUCCUCCCUCCAUUUUCUUCUAAUUAAGGGGAAUGCUUAAAACCCUAAGCUUUGACAAAAAUCUGUCAGUUUGUGGACGUUUAAUAAAUGUGGAUGCGGAUGCAUAUUCUUUUCUGAAUCCUAGCGGGGUUUUCAGGGAUAUGGAAACAAACGGACCGGUGGUUUAGGGUCUCCAAUCCAUUGUUUAUGCGGCCUCUCACACUGCUUUGCUUUCUACCAUUCUUAUGCAUUCGAUAAAUAUUUCAAAUCUUUUACAGCUUCUUCCUUUUUGCCUCUGUCUCUGUCUCUGUCCCGCUCUUUUUGUGGUUCUUCGGCUGGAGGGAAUGAAGGGGAAGGGGAGGAAGUCAUUUCCUUUUUCUUUUUUUUUUGGCUGUGGCCUUUUCAGUUGUUCCUAGGCCAAUUCUUCAGGCAACUUGUAGUUUCUUUUUUGUCUGAAUCUAAUUAAGUUUCUUUGUUUCUUCGUUUGAUAUAUCCUCACAGGGACGGGGACUGGUUUUGCCAAAACAGAAAGCAAACGAAAAAACAAGAAAAGAUUAAAUCGAAGUUUACUUUUACUAUUGACCGUGAAUCUAAAAUGUAAUAGCUAGCUAUUCAACAUCUCAUUUUGCUAUCUGAAAUAUCUCUUUUAAGUUCUUUUCCGUAUAAAAGUAGUAUUACGGGCUAUCGCCAAGCGAAAUGUGCUAUGGUGGAUUCUAUCCUUCCUUUUUUCUAUCGCUCAAUCAUACACAUCAGCUAUUAAUUCAAAGCGGAGAUUAAUAAUAAGUUGGUUUUAAGUUCAAUUUGUAUGCAUUAUCAGGUUUUAAACAUCAGCCUUUGUAGUUCAAAAAUUCUGGAACAUAUCUUUGUAUGUUAUGUUUUUUUUUACUGGCAUAUAAGCACACGAGGAUAUCAUGUUUACUAAGAUACUGAUUCAAUAUUGCUAUCAUCAGUAAACAAUUUAACUGCGUUCGUGCUACUGUAUGGCCAAAUACUUUUAUUUCUAUUCAAAAAAAGAACAAAGAAACAUAUGUUGUGCAAGUAUGUCAAAAGUAUGGAAAACACAUUAAUGAAUUAAAAGGUGAUGUCUUCAGUUAAAGACAAAAGUGUAUGGAUAAGUUACACCUUCAAUUGUUUGCAAUUACCUAUUCUUUUGCAGUCCAUUCUUUGGAGUUUUUUUAGUGUUAUCUCAUUGAUUAUUCCUUUUAAGUAUAUCCUAUUCUUUGACAUAUCAUUGGAUGUUUUUUCACUAAUUCAUGCAUCAACACUUUUUCUGAAAUGAUAUGUCAAAAAUUUUGUAACAUUUAAUUUACAGGUAUGGAGUGUUUUGGUUUCUGUAAGAUAUCAUGUUGCGGUGCUUAGACGGUGUGAAGCAUUUACUUUCUGCUGUUGUCAAUUGCUGUGAUUCUGAAAUUUGUAAGCAACCCCGAGGAUUAGAAAAUCCUGAAGCUCUUGCAAGGGAGACUGUCUUCAGUGUCAGUGAGAUAGAGGCACUGUAUGAAUUAUUUAAGAAGAUCAGCAGUGCUGUGAUUGAUGAUGGGCUUAUCAACAAGGAAGAGUUUCAACUUGCACUAUUUAAGACAAAUAAAAAGGAGAGCUUGUUUGCUGAUCGGGUGUUUGACUUGUUUGACACAAAGCAUAAUGGGAUAUUAGAUUUUGAGGAGUUUGCACGCGCUCUUUCAGUCUUUCACCCAAAUGCUCCGAUUGAUGAUAAGAUUGACUUUUCAUUCCAACUUUAUGAUCUCAAGCAGCAAGGAUAUAUUGAAAGACAAGAGGUAAAACAAAUGGUAGUCGCAACACUUGCUGAAUCAGGCAUGAAUCUUUCAGAUGAUGUAAUUGAAAAUAUUAUAGAUAAGACCUUUGAGGAAGCUGAUACCAAGCAUGAUGGAAAGAUUGACAAAGAAGAGUGGCGUAGCCUUGUUCUAAGACAUCCUUCUCUUUUGAAGAAUAUGACUCUUCAAUAUCUUAAAGACAUCACUACCACAUUCCCAAGUUUUGUAUUUCAUUCUCAAGUUGAUGAUACGUGAUCCAGAUUUGUUCAGUUAGUCCAUUGGUGUGGUUUGCUGCUGUACACAGUCUUGCAGUUGUGUGCGUAGAGGUUGACAAGGAUGCUUAUUGGCUGAUGUGCCACGGGGAGAAAAUGCCCAAAAUGGGAUUCUCAAAUGUGUCCUUGUUCAAGGACUAGCAGCUUCUCUUUCGUUCUUAUUGGCGUUCUUCAUCGCCACGCCACGCUCUCUGUUAUUUUUCUUUUUGAAAUAUAAAAAUUUUGAUUUUUUUUUUUUUUUUGGGGGGGCAAAUUAACUUGUUGGUACCGAUAGCCAAAAGGUUUUGGGAGUAUGAAUUGUUGUUUUGGAAUGCCAAGAAGCGGAGGGCAGUUUGUCUCAUAGACAUUUGUGUAAUUUGGAAAGAUGCAUGCAUGGUGUGAUUAUUUAUGUCCACCUUCUUUCUUUCUGCUGAAGCGCGUUGUAUGAAUUGAAAUACCGGCCAGAGUGGAUUAGGGAUUGCAAAUAACACCAACAGAUUAAGCGCACGCGCAUGUCCUUGUACAACUUUACAAUCAGCUUGCAAUAGAAUGCAAUUCAGCAACACCCCAUUGGAUUAAA